CCGAAUCCCAACUGUGCCGAAACGUUCGCUCGCGGACGGCUUGAAAAGCAGGGCGCGUCGCUUGCACCGCUGGGUGAGAGCGCCUUCCUGACCUUGAAUGCUAUUGCACUAAUACAAUGCUAUUGCACCCAAAUGACUAACGAAUCCGAGAGAUUGCGGCGCCCAUUCGCGGCAGGUCUGCCCAACCUGCUGACCAGCCUGAGUGUGCGGGAUCCCCCAUGCAUCGCCUGCCCCCCGAGCUCUUUCCUGCACGUUUGCGAGCUGGCUGUCUGGACUGUCCACCUCGCCGCUGCUAUACCUACUCUCGAGACGAUCAUCACUCGCGUGUGGGAUCAUCACUCGCGUGUGCAAGCGCUGGCGCCAGACUCCCCAGCUAUGGGUAUACAUGGUCUCGCCGAACCAGAAUAUCAAGGCGUACCUUGAGCGCUAUGUUCCUCUCGCUAAGGACUGCCUCCUCGAGGUUUGCGGUCCGGCGCGCUCCCGUCCUUCAUGAGCGAAAUCCGCCCCUUUGCAUCUUGGUCUUUCUCUUCGGCUUGCACGCCGAUUUCAGUCUACGAGAUGCCCGAUCUCGAACACGCGCAGAUAUCGCAUUGCGUUGAUUGGGAGCACGAUGCUUCGGCGGGUAUGAUAGCCUUCAUGGAGGACGUGCCGCGGCUCCGAUCGCUCUCCCUCGACCUCGGCAACCUGUCCCCCAGCGUGAUGCGGUUCGCGCCCAUGCCUGCCCUCACGACCUUACGCCGCGAUGUCGCGGGCGCCGUGUCCGAGCUCCUCCGCCCCCUCCAGCAAUAUCGCCAGACGCUGAUCACGCUCCGAGUCGUUAUCUCCCACGCCCUAGUAGAGGGCGCAGCGCCCUCCGAGUUGGCGGCGCCGCUCGAGUUGGCGGCGCCCUCCGAGCUGCCGGUGCUCCAACGCCUGCAGCUCGGAUCCGACGCUGUCCGACUGUUGCAGCACAUCCCCGCGCCCGCGCUGGCGGCGCUGCAGUUCUCGGGCCACGGUGCGGACGUGCUGCUGCGCGACUAUCUGCUGCGCGACUAUCUGCUGCGCGACGAUCUGCGGUGCGCGCUCGACGUCGAGCACCAUCGGGUGGAGAGGUGGCCGGGCGGAGUGCCUCGCCGUCCUCGCCGGGCUGGAGAUCCUCCGCUUCCGAUCCUUCCUGCCGCUUCCGAUCCUCCGCUCCCAUCUUACCAUCGCUCCCUCCUCCCCUUCUCUUUCCCAUCUCCACUUUCCUUUCUAUCCGUCGCUCGCGUCCACGUUUCCUCCCCCGUCUUUGGCCGCGUCUCUUCCCUCGUUUCUGGCCGCGUCUCCCCCUCAUUGACUUGGAACGGUCGCGUGGAGAUUCCGUGGCGCAAUCGCGUGAGGGUUCCGUGGCGCAAUCGCGUGGGGAUGCCGUGGCGCUAACCCACCCGCCUGACGAUUCCGUGCCGCUAACUCACCCACCCAUCUCAGAUCCCCAAGAACCCGACGGGCAAGGUGCUGCGGCGCGUGCUUGUUGAGCGGUAUGAGCGGGGGUUGGACGAGCGGGGGGUGGACGAGAACAACAAGCGGGGGGUGGACGAGAACAACGAGCGGGGGGUGAGUGAGCGGGGGGUGGACGAGUGUGCCGAGAGUGAGCGGACAGGGCGCGAGCGGGGGGUGGAGGACAGGAAGGUGAAGGCGAAGUUGUAGACGGGCGGGACGCGAAGUUGUAGAUGGGCGAGGUACAGGCGUGCAACGGACGAGGUAUAAGCGCGGGAGGGGAAGUUGUAGGUGGUUGGGAAUGUAGGGGAGUGUGGAAAGGCGAAACAAUGGAAGGAUUUGUACUAGUAUUGGUCUGGAUAUAUGACAAUGCGCGUGGCGCUCACGAAGACGCUCCUGGCGCCUCGCGAAGGCGCUCGAUGCGACGCAUACACACGAUGUAGAGCUUUCGAUGCUACCCAUCCUCGACGCUGCCCAUCCUCGACGCUGGCUUGUUCCCCCAUGACGCCAUCCCCCUCACUCGCGACACUGCCCUCUUCAUCCUCGACCCUCCUCUCCUCGUCCUGGACGCUGUCCUCUUUAUCCUCGACGCUCGUCUCCUCACUCGCGACGCUCCUCUCCUCGUCCUGGACGCUGUCCUCCUCAUCAUGAACAUUACCCUCACCCUCACCACUCCCUCCCUCACACUCGCCGCCUCCCACGCAGAUCAUCGAAUUCUCAACCUUGCCGACCGCUGUCCAGUUCCUGCCG